GGACAACACGAUGCACGCUCUCCUGCUCUGCGGCAGCAUCUUCACUCUGCACCUUUUCCUCUGCGCCAAAUCUGUGCCGGUCCAGGAGCGGAGUAGCAGAUCCAAGCCGCUGCAGGUAAAGCCGCACAGCAACGGAAACGUUGGUCUGAAGAAGAGAGGAAGACACCAACAGGAAACACUAAACAAAGAUCACCAUUUGAAGACUGUACUGGCAUCCAAAAAUGACACAGAGUUCUGGAAGCGUCCUCGCUGUGGGGUCCCCGACUAUCCCAGCUUAACACAGGUCGGCCCCUCAUAUUAUGAUCGGAAGAAGAAGGGAGGCCUGAAGAGGGACCAGCGCAGGAAGAGAUACGCUCUGUUUGGAGGCCGCUGGGAGAAGACUGACCUCACAUACAAGAUUGAGCAUUUCCCCUGGCAGAUGAGUGAGGGCAGGGUGCGACAGGUCCUCCAGGAGGCCUUCAGUGUGUGGAGCGCUGUCACCCCUCUGACCCUCACAGAGGUCACCUCUGGAGAGGCCGACAUCAUCAUAGACUUCAACAGGUACUGGCAUGGGGACAGCUUACCGUUCGAUGGUCCCGGAGGAAUCCUCGCCCACGCCUAUUUCCCUCGGACACACCGAGAGGGCGAAGUCCACUUUGACUACGAUGAGCAAUGGACAGUGGGCAACAAUGUGGGCACAGAUCUCCUCCAGGUGGCCGCUCAUGAGUUCGGCCACGUCCUGGGCCUGCAGCACUCCCUGGAGCCGGACGCUGUGAUGUGUCCUUUCUACAGCGACUCGUACCCUCUGCAGCUCAGCGAGGACGACAAGAGGGGCAUCCAGUAUCUGUACGGCCCCCCCCGACACAGACAGCCCGACAUGACUGAGACCAAUGAGAUUGACCUUGGAGUGAUGGACGCAUGCAGGACCAACUUUGAUGCCGUGUCCAUGAUCCGGGGGGAGCUGUUCUUCUUCAGGUCUGCUUAUGUGUGGCGUAUCCGGGACGGGCAGCUGCAGGCGGGGUACCCAGCUCUGGCCUCACGCCACUGGAGGGGGAUCCCUGACCACAUUGACGCUGCGUAUGAAGACAAGUCUGGAAACAUCUGGUUCUUCCAAGGGGAGAGCUACUGGGUGUUUGAUGCUGAGAGGAAGAUAACAGGCCCGGAUUCAGUGCGGCAGCUGGGUCUUCCUGUCUCAGAUAUCCAAGCAGCUCUGAAGUGGGAGGAGGACCACGUGGAGAAAGUUUACUUCUUCAAGUCCGCUUCUUACUGGCCCUUCAAUCCGCAGGAGAACCGAGUGGACGAUCCGGGCAGGAUGCACGCGUGGGGGGGGAUCCCCGGAAACAUUGAUGCAGCUUUUCGGGACAAAUAUGGCUAUGCUAACUUCCUGAGUGGGCAGCACUACUGGAAGUUUGACCCCGUGGCGCUGAAGGUUCUGGACGGCUUCCCGCGCAGCAUCGGAUCAGACUUCUUUGGCUGUUCUGCCUUUUUGUAUAAAUAAGUUCAUACAGAUACAACUGGAACAUUUGUGAAGAGCAAUGGCCGUUUUUAAAGCUGCAUCCACAAACAGAACAUUCUGAAUAUUUCAGAAAUAUAUGUAAGGCCAAUAUAUUUAAUUAAGAUGACUCAAAACUUAUAUAAAUACAUCACCUCUA